AACUUGCAUAUCUCAACCAUCUUGAUCUUUCAAACAACUCUUUUAAUGGAUCCAUUCCUGAAAGUCUUGGUCAACUUGUCAAUUUGGAAUAUUUAGAUAUUUCUUCAAACAAGUUGGAUGGAAUAAUGUCUAUGAAAAACGGAUGGCAUUUAAAUUUGUAUUAUUUGAAUCUCUCCCAUAAUCAAAUCACUGGUUCACUUCCAAAAAACAUUGGUCAUGUAAUGUUGUCUUUGGGAAACUUGUUUCUACAAAAUAACCACUUAAAUGGUUCAAUACCAACCUCUUUGUGCCAAUGUCAACUGAACAACCUUGACCUUUCAAACAACCAUUUGUCCGGUGAAAUUCCAAAUUGUUGGAAGGAUAAUCAAGAAUGGUACGAGAUAAAAUUGUCAUUCAACAAACUAACUGGAGCAUUUCCAAGCUCAUUCGGGAAUCUUUCAUCAUUGGUUUGGUUGCAUUUGAACAAUAAUAGCCUUCAAGGAGAGUUUCCGACAUCUUUUAUAAAUUUGAAGCAAUUGUUGAUUUUGGAUCUUGGUGAGAAUCAAUUCACUGGGAGUAUACCAUCAUCAUGGACAGCAAGUACAUUCCCUUUCCUACAAGUUCUUAGACUACGAAAAAACAUGUUGAGUGGCAGUAUUCCUUCACAACUAUGCCAACUCAGAUCACUACAAAUUUUGGACCUUUCCAGAAACAAAUUACAAGGUUCAAUACCUCAAUGCAUAGGAAACCUUGAAGGAAUAAAAUUGAAAACAUCAUUAUCAUCUCCAGUUCUCAUGCAGUCAUACAAUUUAAUAUGCUGCUACUCCUGCAUCUGAAUGGUCUGAUCAAGUUGUCACAGAAGUAGUGAAAGGAGUGGAACUUGAGUAUAAAAGAAUAUUGAAGCUUGUAGUCAAUAUGGAUUUGUCACAAAACAAUUUGAUUGGAUUUAUUCCUAAUGAAAUCACUUGGCUCACAGGACUACAUUUCUUGAACUUGUCAAAAAAUCAAUUGAAAGGAGAGAUUCCUCGAUUAAUAGGAGACAUGAAAUCGCUAGAAUCCUUGGACAUGUCUCAAAACCAACUUUCAGGAACAAUUCCAAACACCAUGUCUGCUUUAACUUCAUUGAGUCUUUUAAACUUGUCACACAACAACCUUUCAGGACCAAUUCCCAAAGAUAAUCAGUUUUUGACUCUUGAUGACCCAUCUAUUUAUGCUUACAAUCCAUACUUUUGUGGAUCUCCACUCCCAAAUAUGUGUCCUGGUGAUAUUUCACAUAGAACUUCUGAAACCAAAGGUGAUGCAGAUAAGGACGAGGUAGAAAAAGUAUUGUUCUAUUUUGUCAUAGCACUUGGUUUUGCAACUGGUUUAUGGGUAUUUAUUGGCACUUUGUGGUUGAAGAAGAAUUGGAGACAUGCUUACUUCAGAUGGGUGGAAGAUGUUGCUGACAAGAUUUAUGUGGCAUUUGUAAUUAAAGUGCCAAAGAUAAAGAAGAAAAUGAUGAGAAACCAUGUCCACUAGUGAUUAUAUGUUUAUGUUUCUUGGUUGUUUAUUUCUGUUUUCCUCAAUGUUCCAUUUUAGAUCAUAAAGAAUAAUAAGGUUCAUACCACUCUUUGUAUUUGCUUUCUUGUGAUAUACUGUAUUUGAUAAUAGUUCAGACAAAUAUAAGUAUUUGAAUAAC